AGCGUUUAUCAAACUGUCAAAAGGCUGGUAGUGUUUGUCAUGUUUGUGUUAGUUUGAUGAACAGUGGGGAAAGCAUGGGCCCAGAGGUAACACCACUGCCUCAUCUCAAGUUAGCUCACCCCAAAAAGUUGGGAGAUAGUUUAGCCAGGGAGUCAUUUCCAUUAUCCUGGAGGGGGCGUGGGGGAGUCCACCCCACUCAGAGUGGUGUAGAAUUUGACAGACAAUUGGAUAAAAUUUCUCUAUGGUUGGAAAAAUGGGAUCAUAAUCAGCGAUGUCGAAUUCUAGAAGCAAUUCUGAGAGAGAGCAACUACAACCAGAUCCAGUUCCUGGUUACAGUGAUGCAGCCGUCCUUACACCGUGACUUCAUGUACACUGCACAGUCCUACUUCCCUACCAUCCAGUUCCAGCCUGUCAGCACGCACACAAGCAGGGAAGUGAAGACCCGCCUUGAGAAAAAGAGACAUCACCACAACUUCUACCGAGUGAAGAGUGCCUAUCUCCAGAUGGAUGACGAUGUUAGAAAUCAAAUCAUAGACAAAGUUGUUAAACUUCCAGACAUUAGCAGAAACAGCAAACAUACACAGCUGAGUUCGAGAUCUUUGACAAAAUCAAGAAAUGGAUUUAAACUAAAUUUGCAUCAGAUGUCAAAUCUUAGUGAAGCGAGAGAAAAGUGGAGAAGUGCCAACAGUGUGACCACAUGUUCAUCAGAAACAGAACUGAAACACUACAAUGCCAUCUCCAGGUUUAUUGAGAUGCCAGUUCGACGCCAUAUGCAAGAUGAGUCAAGUCAACAGAAUGUCUGGAGUAGCAACAACUCAGUGGAAAGUCUUCUGAAGAACAGCGAGAGAAGUGACUCCAUUGCCAAUUCAGAAAGCAACAGACGGCACAAAAUGAAGCUGUGUCUGGCUGGUAUUUCUGAAGAAAGUCUUUCUCAGAAACCAGCCCAGGAGAGGUUUCAGAUGGUGAUAGAAUGUGAAUCACUGCCUGAGGAAGCAAAACAACUACUGAACUGGUAUAUGAUUUCAUGGAAUGACACAAAAAGAAAUGAAUUUUUUCAUAAACUUUUAUUAAAACUGGACCCAAGGCAACAUUAUUUUAUUUCAAGCUUUUUAUCAAUUAAGCAGCAGAAAGAUUUCAUUGGAUUACUCCCAGAACACCUUGCUGUGAAAAUACUCAGUUAUCUCACACCCACAGAACUUGUGCAAGCUAGUUUGGUCAAUAAGACAUGGCACAAAAUAGCUUCCAACAAUGAACUGUGGAAAUCAAAAUGUGAAGAGGUCAAGGUCAAAGUACCAAUAUCCCAGAGUCCGACAUGGAAGAACAUUUUCCGAGACAACCUUAAGCUACAGCAUAACUGGAAAACUGGCGAAUGUCGAACAGUUGACCUCAAAGGUCACACGGACAAAGUUCUUACGGUGAUAUCUGACAAUCAGCAGCUGGCUUCAGGCAGUCAGGAUCAUUCAAUCAAAAUCUGGGACAUCAAGACUGGUACUCUACAGCAGACAUUGAAGGGGCACAACCGAGGAAUAUGGUGUCUCAAUUUCUUCACCAAAAAUCUCCUUAUCAGUGGGUCAUAUGACAACACCAUCAGAAUUUGGAACCUGCGGACAGGAAGUACGCUGAGAACAUUACUUGGCCAUGAGGGAGCAGUCUGGGCGAUGGUGCGCCGAGGAAGUAUUCUAGUCACCGCAUCACAGGACAAAACAGCGAAGAUCUGGAACAUCAGUCAGUGUCUACUGCUCUACACACUGACAGGCCACAACGCGGCUGUGUUUGCUGUCGACAUGGACGAGGAGGGAACUCUAGUCAUUACAGGAUCUGCAGACAGGAGUGUACGUAUUUGGGACGUCGAAAGUGGGAAGUGUAAGAAAGUUGUGUGGGCGAGUCAGUCAACAUCCAUCAUGGCGGUCAGCUACAGUAAUGGCUACUUUGCCUGCUCAUAUGGAGAGACAAUUUGUCUGUACAAAAUUGGGAAGGCAAAGCUCAUCAGAACAUUUGUGGAGCAUCGCAAACGCAUUGAGAGUAUUGAGCUGCAUAUAUCAGACCCAGACAACAUGACGGGUAUGAUCGUUAGUGCUGGAAAAGAUGGACUGGUCAAGUACUGGGAUAUUAACAGUGAUCAGAGUCUGCACACCUUCACUGGUCACAAUGAACAGGUGAACUGUAUAUACUUUGAUGAACUGCGGAUAGCAAGUGCGGGAUACGACAACAAAAUACGGAUCUGGGAUUUUAACAUCUGACCCACUUAGUCACCCAUGAAUGUUCUAGGUCUUUAGAGAAAGGAAAUCAUCAAACACUUUCUUUAGAAUGAUUGACUGAAACUGAAAAAAAAAAUUAUACCUUGGACCAGCAUACAUUUUAAGUGGGUUUUUUUGUGUCAAUAAUUCCAGUUUAACUUAAUAUAAAAAGUGAUUUUUGUUAUUUCCAAAACAGUUUUCUUUUUCUUUAUUUCUUAUGUCAAGCAAACUGUAAUUAUUGCAACAACAAAAAAAAACUCCUAAAAUUUGUUCUGGUAAUUAAGAGGUAUAGUUAAUUGACUUUCAAAUAUCUUGGUAAUCUGGUGGAGAAACAUCAGUUUGUGUUAGUCCUCUGUUUAUUGUCUUGUCUUUACACAGUAAAAAGGUGAGAUAUACAUGUGUAGGUAUUACUUUUGUGUUAAAGUUUUGCAUUUAUACAAGUUUCUCACAACCUAUAAGUUCUAGGUCAGUAAAACUUGGUUUAUAGUUGCACCUAUGGAUAUUGAUCGGUGCACAGAAAACUUUUGUUAGGCAAGACAUUUAAUUCUGUGGAAUUCUUGUAUUAAAUUUAUGUACAGCUUAAAUUUUAAGUUUCGACUCAAAGUGCAUGGAUUUUCUAUGGAGUCUUACGUUUGAGCAGCAGAAGUUAAAAAAAAUAGUUACAGUGGGUUUAUUUUGGGCAUAUUUGCAUAGUAUUUAUGCACACCAAAAGAUUUAAUAAUACGAACAUUCAUUAAAAUUUACUUCUAAAAUAUUAAAAUUAAAAUAUGCUGUCACCUAAAUGGUCAUUAUGUGUUUUAACACAUCAUGUUAUAUGUCAUAGCACACCAGUUGGUAAUUUCUGAUCUGAAUGGUUUGAUAAAAAGUCAUGAUUAUUCAUUUUUCCAUAUGAUGUUAAACAUGGAAAAAGACUACUGUAAUUGUCAUAAAAAACUAGGUAUAACAAGAAAAUUCACUUAUUUGAUAAAAAUUUGUCACAAAGACAUAUAUUGUACAUACUGUAAACAUCAUAGUGAACAAUAUCUAGUGCUAUUUGUUACUGCCUUUUAGUCUAUGAAAUUUAUCCACUGAAUCAAAUUAUCUUUUAUUACAAUUAAUAUAAAAGAACUACACUUGUAUAAAAUUAAAAUUAAAUCGAUUUAUUGUUGUUUGUAUUUCUAUACACAUUUAACAUAUACAUGUAUCUGUUAAGGUCAAAUACCAAGUGCUUUUUUAACAGAUUAGAAAACCAUUACCAAACCAGCAUUACAUUCUCAUGUGCAAAAUAAAUUGUUAUUUAUUUAAUUGUAUGGACAUGUGUAUUUAUUAUCAUAAGUGAGUUGAUCUUCAUAUUGUUUGGAGCUUUUUGUUGUGUAAGUUAUUUGUUGGCUGUGAAUGUUUAUUUUAAAACAUUUUAAGAAAAGUUCUGUGAUAAACAAAUGUGAUACUUUAAAAUUUUACAUCCAAUGUAUUUUUUUUUAUAGUUUUUUUCUUGCAGUCAUUGUGAGCCAAGAUUCUUCAUCAAUAUGCACACCGUAAUCCUAUUUGUUCUUUAAUUUUUCAAAACUGGCAUAUACAAAAUGAUUUUUGUUUUCUGUUAAUUUUUAACAGCAUAAUUGACAUGUAUCUCCGUGUUGAUCUAUUGUAAAUGUAUGGCCAGUUAAGUAACAUAUUUUCCAUUCCAUCCUAUCACUUUAUAAACGUUUUGUUGUUCUUGUGAAGAACCUGUUUAAUUAAACCAUGGUUGCAAAUGAAUUAGUGACAAUGGUGCAAAUAUAUUUUUUUAUGUAAUGCCAACUACCCUUUUUUUAUAGGGCCAUUAAUCAAUGUAGUCUACAAAAAGUGAAGUUUAUAAUAAAACCAUAAUUAAAAUAUCCUGUCAUGUGAUAUUUUAUUUUAUCGCAAUGUCUCUUCAUUGCGUAAUUAUUGUACAUCCAUGUUUAGAAUAUUUGAUAAAUAUACUGAAAUCCAUUGAAAACGCACCACUCAAUUUUUCAGUUGUUAUUGUUAUUGAAUGUGCAAGGUUGCUAUAAAUAAUAAAUCAUACAGUAACCCUAACCUCCUUGUAUACAAUUUGUUUUUUUUUUUGUUGCCUACCAGGAUGCAUCCAGUUAUACAUGUAAAUCAGUUGAAUUAUUAUUUCACCUCGUAUCCCUUUUACAAGUACAAGUUUGUCUAGUGUAUUUCCAAUGGAGUUCAGUAUGUAGUAUAGUCUUACUUGAUGUUCAUUAUUUACAUGCACAGCUAAAUCAAAUAAAUAUAUUUCACUAAU